AUGCCUCUCAGAACACACCUCACAGUCCUCAAGUGGAGCGCAGCUUUAUAUGCCGACUCCGUUGUUUUCAAAAUCCCUAAGACUGUCAGCAGCAACGGCCAAGCGCAGCACCAGUGGGACGAUGUCACAUACCGCGACUUCCUCCUCGACGUGGAGAGGUCGGCCCGUUACUGGAAAUCCAUACUAGCCAAGGAGAAUAUCUCACAACGCUCCGUAGUUGGUCUCUGGCUGGGCGGAAUGACUUACAUGGACAGCCGGAUUCAUCCGCAGCUCUUCUCAUUGCGUCUUCCAAGCCCGGAAAUUAUCUUCGAGCUCAUGCAUCGCGCUGGCGCGAAGGCUCUCAUCUAUGAUGUCUCAUACGCGUCAAUAGUACACGGUUGCUACGUGACAACCCUCACCGCCGUCGACAUCUUCUCUGCCCCAGACGUUCAGGUGUCACUAGCGGCGGUCAUCGCACCGGAGAGUCGUGACGACAUAGCCAUGGUCUUCCACACGUCUGGGUCAACUUCUGGGUCGCCAAAGCUGGUCACAUGUACGUACGGAUGGCUGGACACUAUCGUGGCAAAGGCAAACACGAUCGGUGUACCGUGUCGACCCGGACGGCAAGACGUUAUCGUCAGCAUGGGCAGCAUGUGUCACAUCGGUCAGACACUCACGUUGAUCAGUGCACUCCAGCACGGUACCUGCACGAUACAGCCUACACAAAUCGCAUUUUCCUCGGACGAGCUAGUCCAAAUGGUUCGUCAGUGUGGAUUGAACCGCCUGAUGCAGUUCGCUACAUUCCUCUCUAUACACCUCCGGAAUUCUCGCCAUGACCCCAAUGUUCUCACCCUUCUGAAAGGCCUUGACGAGGUCUUAUUCGCUGGCCUAGCACUCCCGCAAGAAGACGAGGAAUGGGCACGCUGUGGGGCCAUGUUGAUAUCCGCGGGCGGUCAGGGCAGCAAUUCCCUCUUCCUACGCCCCAUCGAAGGCACGAAAUAUGCCUUCGUCCCUAUCACUUCAUCUUCCGCCGGAGAUGAGGCGACGCACUAUAACGCCAACACCGUCCUCCUCGAGCUUGUCAUCCUUUCCGACUCCGGCGACUGCCCCCAUCCUUCGCUUCGCCAAAAAGAUGGGCAUUUCCACACGGGGGACCUUUUCAGCGAGGUUGCUCCAGGGAGCUACCUCUUCCGCGGUCGUGAUGACGAUUGGAUCAAGAGCGAAAAUUCCCUCCGAUGCGACACGCGCGCGAUCGAAGACAACGUCCGCGCUACAUGUGGUGACCUCGUUGCGGAGUGCGUGGUGGUGGGUUACGGGAAACCGUCGCCCGCCUUGUUUGUUGAGCCAAAGGGCGAAAUCGAGGGCGAGAAGCUGAGGAAGGACAUUAUCCGUCGGACGCGGCAUUUCCAUUCCAGACGGUACAUGCACGAACGGAUCGUCGACCCGAAGUUCGUCGUAGUCGUUCCGAAGGGCACCUUGCCGAGGACCGCAACCAAGGGUAACAUCCGUAGGCGUGCGGUCGAAGAGAAGUUCAAGAUAGAACUAGAUCGCGUGUACGGUACUAACAGCAAGGCCUGA